CAGUUUCCCCAGCGUCGCUACUUUGCAGAGCAAGGGAAACCGAACCAAAACCCCAACCCUAACGAGCUCCAUCCCCAUCCAUCGUCCAUGGCGGCCACGGUAGCAGCUCCUCCACCCGCGGCCAUGGCGGCCGCCCCCGGAAACCCUCACAAGCGCAAGAAGCAGCCCAAGGGGAAGGGAAGGGGCAACACCGGCAAGAACAAGAAGCUCAAGGGCCCCGAUGAUGCCGUCCGCCGCCGCCGCAAGCCCAGCAGCAAGUUCAUCAAGCUGCUCGAGAAGCGCGCCCGCGACUAUAACUCGGACGACGACGAAGAAGUAGACCAUCCGCCACCGCGGAGGCAGCAUGCCGAGGGCGGUGACGCUGCUGUCGAUGGCGACGACAACGACGAUCAGGAGGCUCCCUCGUCGGAGGAGGAGGCCUCCAGCUCCGGCGACGAGUCCGGCGAGGAGGAAAAGGCGGCAGUCACGAGGUUCGAGCAAGGCUGCAGGGCUUUCCGAGUCGCCUUCACCAAGAUCAUGUCCAAGAAGCUCCCCGACGACCCACUGGGUCCAAUUCUGUCAGCGCACAAGAAAUUGGUUGCCGCCAAGCUGGCCGAGGAGGCGGAUGAGCACAAGUCCAAGGGAGAGGCCCGCAAGGAAAAACGCAUAGCUGCAGAGAAGGGCCAUGUCAUACCCGAAAAUCAUAUAAACAACAAAGAGAAGAUGCUCAUCAAAGUUGCAACCCAGGGGGUGGUGAGGUUGUUCAAUGAGGUCAGCAAGCGACAGACUCGGAAAGGUUUGAACCCGUCGAGAACUAAAGCAGCAUUGGGAAGAGAAAAAACAUUGUCUGUACCAUCUAACCAAGGACAAAAGGGCCAGGCAUCUUCCAGUUUCUCUAAGCAUAUUGGCAAAGAUGAAGAUGAGCCAGGGUGGGCACCUCUACGUGACACAUACAUGCUUGGAUCCAAACUGAAGGACUGGGACAAAGUACAGGAUUCUGAUGUGGCUAAACAAACUGAGGUCCCUUUGGACAACUUCUCUGAUGAUGAAUAGAAAAGCACAAUCUUAGGUGGUGGUGUACUCCCUCUUUGAGGCCAAAGAAAGGCGAUCUUGGUGGGUGGGUGGAUGGCUGUGGGGCUGAAUUUCAAUGGGGGGAAAUGGAGGGAAGCUGGAUGGUUGAUGUUUCUUGGAAGCAGGAGAAGAUUUGUUACUAGAUUACCUUAGCUUUGCUGCAUGCAUCCAAGAGAGCAAGAAUACUUGGCCUUAAGUUUUGCUGAAGUUUUGUUCCUGUAUCUGUGGCAUGUACACGUUAUAUACCCCGUUUCAUGAAGUUUAUUGACAAUGAACGGAAUUUCUUGCUCAAAAUUCUUGGGACGAAAAGUGUUUCUGAGUUUCUGUAUAGUGCA